CUUGGGACCAGUCGGAGAGACUAUGUCGUGUAAUAUAUUAUAAUAAGUUUGCAAUUCAAUUUCGACAACGAGAAGAAGGCUGUGAGUGUAGCGACGACAAGGAUUCAAUAAUCAGAUAUUAACGAGAUAGCUUCAGCGAAGCUAGAUGCGUCCCUCGUUGUAGUCACACCUUGCUCGUUCUUUGAUACGUGCGGAGGGAUCUCCGAACCGAAAAAAUGACGACCGCAUCGUUUCGCCCGCCCUCGAGGCGACGUAGUAUGCUGCCUCCGAAUGGUGCCUUUGGUGUACCCGCUGAAUCAAAUAGUAGCGCCACGGAGCGGCAGAUGACUACCAAGGAACCGACUGGUACAACCGCAAGUACCUUCUUGUCUAAGGGAAGCGGGGGCAUAGAUCCACGGAUUGAAGACAUCGACUUGAAUGCUUCUACUCUGAGUAGAAGUACUACAGCAGAAGGACAUCAAGGCGAGCAAAGCAGUAAAAGAUUAGGUUUAGGAGUACAUACCGGUGGCGGAGGGGCAAGUAGCGACCAGCUUUCCAGUGCGUCGUCAUCAGCAGGACAUAUGCAAGCGUCUUCUUCCGGUGAAGACAUAGCCGGCGCGCAGCAAAACGGUAGCACCUCUGCAAGUGGUAGUAGAAGGAGUUUUAGUGGAGGCAUUGGCGGCAGUGUCCUUGCUCCGGGAGGACCUAUGGGAGCUACAACAGGUGGCCCUGGUACUACAGACCAGCAUAGCAAUGCCAAUUUCGGACAGCACCAAUACAACCAAUCUGCACCAGUGCAACAAGUGGAACAGUUUGUCCAGCUUCAGCAACCGCAUCCAAGAAUCGCUCCACCUUCUACAAGUACAACUGCACAGCCGAUGUCUACUGUUUUACCGAUAACAGCACCAACUCCAACACCGCCUUUACCACCCUCUGCAAGUACAGCGACGCAACCUCUUCUUCAGGCGAAUCUUCAGCAUCAGGAGCUCCACCAUUUCCAACCAUCACACCGUGUUGCUGGCGCUCCAACAUCUUCUAGCAGUGCUUUGCUGCUACCGCCAGGCGGAAAAGCAAUGAACAAGGUCAUUCCACAAGAUGACAAUAGCGCCAGUUUCUACCGAGGAAGGAAUCGGGAUGACCGCUCUGCGCGAAGAAAGAGCAUGGCUGAGUACGAGAGUCGGGGUCAGUUGCGUGAACCGCUUGUGGCUAGCAGGAAAAUGCUGUCGGAAGAGGCUUUGCGGCCACCAGUGCCAUUACCACCAGCGGAACCAACGAUCGUGCCGGAUCUAGUGUCGUAUUCUUAAUAUACUUUGACGCUGGAAGAGCUGAGUUUGAGUUUUUGCGUCUAUGAAAACAUUUUCAAGAUUGAUACUGGGUUCAAGAAGGUGCUGCAGUUCAUGCAUGCGCGCUACAAAACUGAGAUUGAUUAUUUUGAUACAUGAUGUAAAAAGGAUUGAAACUCGAAGUAGUAAGAGAUUUCCCAUCAUACUUCGCCUUUGAGUUACGUCCUGGCUUAUGGACCUCGACCUUUCUCUUCAAAAUAAUGAUCAGGCACUCGUUGAAAAGAACUGGGCGUCUUGCGGUAGCGAAAAUCGGUGAUGCCCUAGGAUACAUCCAGGAAUGCGUGCAACAGGGCCCAGAGGGAGUGCGAACUCUCACGUUUGUCGGAGGCGUUUGUAUGGUACUACCUCAUCAAAUGGCAAACAGUUAACUUCACCCGAACCAGCCGACAGCGUCAGAGAUACGCGCGCGGCGUGGUGCGUAGUGACUGACCGGACGAACACGGCUGGCAAUGGCUCGGCGACGGGCGGGCCCAUAACGCUGGCGCGCCCUUUGGCACCGCGCACGCAGAUGCCCCGGGGGUUAACGUCGUGGGCGUGGCCGCUGGCGCUUGUUGCGUCCACUAGGCGGCAGCAGCUGGCGCAGCCUUACCGCGCGCCACCUGGUUCAACUAUCGGCGCAAGUCACCUCCCGAGGAGGGUGCGUGAGGAGGGUCCUUGGACUAGUCGGCAGUUUCAAGCAGCACUGGCGGCGGCCUUGUAUGAUCGUAAACGAGACGCACGGCCUACAGGCCUUCCAAAUUUUUCGCCUUCGUGAUGAGCGGAAAAACGAAGGCAGGCUAGGCCUUGCGCCGGUGCGAUGUUGCGCGCCCAUGAACCAAGCCGCGCGGGUAAGCAUUCUGCUGGGGUUCUCUGGUGUAGUGGGCUUGCGUUCGUUGUAGAUGACAACGUGCAAUGGCAGGCAAAAAGUGGACGAGGCAAAGCCGGAAGGCAUAGCGUCGCAACGGGCGACGUCUUGGUCACUCACAGUUUGUGCGUAAAUGGUGACGAAUGUGAGGCAGCUUGUGCCCAGGUUAUGGGAACGGGGUGGGGGCCAAGAGAUUGCUAGCUCCUUGGGUGUCGGGCUCUUCUUUGCGUAGGCUAGGCAUUUGCGAUUGCUACGGGGUUAAUUUUCUUCGCGGGACAACUUACAUCAGGGGGCCCAGGCAUUGCGAAGAGCCGUGGGUUUGCCUUUUCGUUUUAGUUUGUCGCUGUACUCGGCGGACGCUCGUCGUCCUUGUUUGUUAUCGCUUCUGUGUUAUUCGUAUUUGAGCACUUUCUACUCAGUGCAGCCGCAAUGAAUCAAGUAGAAAGAAGCAAACGUCAGAUUCGUUGGGGUCAAGCUGCUGCUGCAAGUCUAAUUCCAGCUUGUAAUACCUAUGAAGUUACGGCUUCUUCUUAGUAGAGCUGACAUAUCGAAAGCAAUGCAAUGAUGAACCAGCAGCCAAUCAAUGCUCACCUGAAACUCAGUUACUUUACUACGCCUUUUCGCUGAUUAAUAUCUUUGGGAUUAUCACGAACCCCUUUCGGUAUUUUAUGAACUUGACAUUUGCGUUUUUUGGUUGGGUUUCGGUUAUAUGGGAGGCCAGCGAUGACGUCUUGUCCGAGUGGAGACCCCUGCGGGAGUAUCAAGCUUGGAUUGCGGAAUACUGCAAAUGCCUUGCCAUUCCUUGGUGCCUUGGCCUCCUCUACGUUUAUGUCGGUUGUCUGCAAGUGAUGCUGAAUCCGUUUGUUUCGAUUGAAGCAUGCCUUGGCUUCUACUUCCUCCUGAUGGGCGGAUUCAACCUCGCACUGCAUUUGGGAUACGACAUUGAAGCGCCAACGCGGUUGGUGGUACAAAUCCGAUGAAGAUACUACACGUUGUUAGUUUGACGUCGAUGAAGUAGAACCCGGGUUGUUAUGAUGUUUCAAAUGUUCUAACUCAAAACCAUCUGAAUUGUUUUACUUGCUUCCAUCUUGAACAGGCCUUGUGUCAUCCUGCUUCUUUUUUAGUGACAAACAAGAAGAGGAACACUUGAUUCGUGUAUUUAAAUUGAACUUCUCAUCUACUCUCUGUCUACCCAGGGCACUCAAAUUCGCGCUGGAGCGGGUUGGCUUCGGGAGAAAGUAAGAGGCUUUAGCGGCGAAACAGAAGAGGAAGAGAAAGACGCUCGUGGCUCCUACUUCGGGUUAUUUUGAAGCAGGGUCAAGGUCUCCGUCUCCGAAUGUGCUAGAGGCUUUGUUUAUUGUCUCGAUCUCGCAAAAGCGUCAAUCUAUCAUUAUUUUUUCCUCUCGAUGUUGUUUCAGUAGGUAGUACAACGACGGACACGGAGUGUGAGUAUAAGCUUCUGAAGAUCGCCCUUGUUGGUAAUGAGGGCUGCUUGACUGCGCGCCACACCGUCACCAGCAUGUCAGAAGCGCGGCGAGCGGAGCUGUCGUAGAUAAGGUGGCGAUGACGUUUGAUUCAUCAAUCAUUCACAACGACUUCUAUGAAUCUUUUUCUUUCAUAUCCAACUAAAAAUAUCUAAUCUUCGAUGUCAAAGAUCCAUUUUCCGGACGCAUUACUAGAGUGAUUUGCAUCGCAACUGCUAUCAUUGAUUGCGAACGAUAAGAAUCCUCUUGGUGGUUCUCAACUUGUUUUCCUUGCCGGCUACUUGAGGUCUUCUAUACUAUUCUGUUCCUUGUUGUUGGCUUCGGCUUAUUAUUUUAGCACUCUUCGCUACGCAUUUGCAUUCCACACGCAUAUUUUUAUACAAAAUCCAUUGGAUUGUGGGACACCUACAAAGAAGGAAAGAAAAGAUGAAGAUGUUGCAGUGUAGUUGAUAUAUUUAUAGCGAUCUUUUGGGGGAGACAGAUUCUGAGGCACCAAAGAUAACGAAAAAAAGUAAAGUUUUGCGCAAGAAAAAACAUCGAAGUCACUUACAACUGAACAUCCAUGGAUGCGAACCAGCGUCUUCUAUCGCUGCUGGGAAAAAGAUUGCGCUCAGGGGAUA